AUGGAGCCGGCGGUCCUGGCCCCGCACAACCUCCCGCACCACGAGCCAAUCAGCUUUGGCAUCGAUCAGAUCCUGAGCUGCCCGGAACCCCCCGGGAGCAGCCUAGGCCCCGGUCGCGCGGGCCAGGGCCAUGGGGAGAGUGCGGCGUUCUCGGGUGGAUUUCACGGAGCCUCAAGCUACGGCCCCGCGGGUUCGCUGGCCCCGCUACCUGGCAGCUCCGGCAUGGGCCCAGGUGGAGUGAUCCGCGUCCCCGCACAUCGUCCGCUGCCAGUGCCGCCGCCCGCGGGAGGUGCCCCUGCGGUGCCUGGACCCUCUGGCUUGGGCGGAGCCGGGGGCCUAGCGGGACUUACCUUCCCUUGGAUGGACAGCGGCCGCCGCUUUGCUAAGGACCGGCUCACGGCCGCACUGUCGCCCUUCUCCGGGACGCGCCGCAUAGGCCACCCCUACCAAAACCGGACCCCUCCGAAGCGGAAGAAGCCGCGCACGUCCUUCUCCCGUUCGCAGGUGCUGGAGCUGGAGCGGCGCUUCCUGCGCCAGAAGUACUUGGCCUCGGCCGAGAGGGCAGCGCUGGCCAAGGCCCUGCGCAUGACCGACGCACAGGUCAAGACUUGGUUCCAGAACCGGCGCACCAAGUGGCGGCGCCAGACGGCGGAGGAACGCGAGGCGGAGCGGCACCGCGCGGGCCGGCUGCUCCUGCACCUGCAGCAGGACGCCCUGCCGCGGCCUCUGCGGCCGCCGCUGCCCCCGGACCCUCUCUGCCUGCACAACUCGUCGCUCUUUGCGCUGCAGAACCUACAGCCCUGGGCCGAGGAUAACAAGGUGGCUUCCGUGUCCGGGCUCGCCUCGGUGGUGUGAGCGACGCCUGCCCAACCCGCCGAGCGCUCUUUUCCGGACCGAGACGCCGCUUGGAGCGCCGGCCCCAGGACCGUGGAGCGAAAAGCUGACUACGCCGUCGUUCUGUGGUAGCGGAGCUUGUGAGGAAGGGCCGCCUUUGAGGCUAUCGUCGAGGGCUCCUGGGCCGCUGCGGGCUCCCGGGCCACUGCGGGCUCCCAGGCUACCGUUGCGCGGUAGCACCGUGCUUAGACGUGGCCUUUCCCGCCAUUUCCCACUCAACUGUGGUCGCACCCCAGCUGGAACCCGAGGAGCCAAGAAGGCGGGACCUGCAGUAUGGGAGCCAAUGAGGUGAGGGGAGGGGGGCGGGCUGGCCAACGGGAGCUGCCCUUCGGAGGACUAUGGAUUCUUCCGAGGGUAGGUUAGUCCUGGGGUUUUGGACCCAAAGAGCAAGCUAAAGGUGGUGCUGGGAUGGGACCGCGGCAGCUCGCACGCACUGCCUGGGUCUAUACCAAAGGUGUGAUGGAAGGGAAGAAGACACCAAUGACAGUGGAAUAACGGAGGAGGUGCGGGAGGGUGAGAGUCUGAUUGUGACAGGAACCAGAGGGUUAUCCACACUGGGCAUCUCAUUCUUCAACUGUAAAAUAAUCGCUAAGGAUACCUUCCUGACU